UAAGUUACAGCGUACCACUCCCAAUCGUUUCUGUUGGUAAGAUGGCGGUGGAUUUCGCUGCGACUUACAAAAUUCUCGUGCUGGGCGACAGCAAUGUGGGGAAAACUUGUAUUGUACAUCGGUAUUGUGAUGAACGGUUCUACGACACCUACAUAUCAACAAUAGGAAUUGAUUUUAAACAGAAAAUCAUCAACCUGGACGGAACACCUAUAAAACUUCAGAUAUGGGACACUGCUGGUCAGGAACGGUUUCGAACACUGACAACAGCCUACUAUAGAGGAGCCAUGGGAAUUUUGAUCAUGUAUGACGUAACAAACAUGGACUCCUUCAAUCAUCUUUCUUAUUGGUUCCGGAACGUAGAGGAGAAUGCUGCACCAGAUGUCGUGAAAAUUCUAGUUGGAAAUAAAUGUGACGCAUCACAUCUUCGACAGGUGGAGAAAGAAAGAGGGACAAAGGCUAACAGAUUUGAAGAAACAGAGAACUUGAAACUGGAAAAGGCAGACGGAAAGGAGUCGCGUGAAGAAACUGUUUUAUCCGACAGAUGUAGCUGUUAGCUUAAUAUCAAGGCAAUGAAUGUAUUGGCAUGCGCUAAACAAUAUGAAGGUACAUGUAGCUUUUUCUGGAAGCACCUAAUGAAGUGUCCUUGAACAUCAUGUUUAGUUACCUUCAAUAUAACACCUAGAUUUCACGAGAUCCGUACAAAAUCCAGUGUUUACACACUUUUGAAGAAGGUUUAUAAUGUUUUGUUGUGUAUAUAUACAUAGAAAACCAUGAAGUCUAAACAUUUUGUCAUGUUGAAAGCUACAUGUAUGACUUACACUGCUUUAGCUGCUUACAUGCUUAAACUUGUUACUGUGCUAGCUUUAAGACCUUCUUAUUCUAAUUGAUGCUCUAUUCAAAUUGUUUUUUAAUAUUAGAAUACCACUUUGUAUAAGGCUCAUGUUAAUUAGCCCAAUAGUUUCAACAGAAUAUCCCCCAUUAGGUAACUAUAAUAUGUUAAAGAAUACAGUAUUAAUUUAAAGUUUAAUAUAUGGUUAACCUGAUAGAAUCUGGAAAUGAGUUCAGUAUACAACUAGUUUCUACAAAUACCGUAUAUUUUAUUCCCACAAUUUUAGAAUUGCACGUAUUAGGAAAACAUGAAAUUUUCAAUCCUGACUCUCAGUAUUCCGGUAUGCAAAAUCUUAUUUAUAAAUAGCUAACUUAAAAAGAACUACCCUAUAAAUUUAUCAAGCUACUGGGAUAAAACAAGUUUCUUUAUAUAUAUAAAUAUAUAGGUGAUAUUCUGUAGAAUAGUGGAGUUAAAGAUUAACCACAGAGCACCUGAUAAAAACCUGAAUAAAAUUUAACCAUUCAGUACUCUAGAAAUAAAUUUUAAUUACAAAAUUCUGUACAAACUUCAAGACACAAUACAUCUUAGACACAUUCAUUGUGUGCAAUCAUGUUAUUGUAUCAAUCUGUAAGAAAAAUAGAAAAUUAUGUUACUCUUACGUACACAUUACUACAUCAUAUUCUUAUAAAAAAUGUGUAAAAGACAUCUAAUCUUAGAUGACACCAAGGAAUAGUUGACAGCUUCUCUCUUUUCAAUUCUAAUUGAUUUAAAAUGACAUGAAAAUAUGUGAAGCUGUACAAAAUGACAAAUGUGCAUUUCUUGUUUUGUAUUUUAUUCUUACAAAUAAAGUAUAUGUGUAAAUUAUUUACAUUACAGUAGUCCAUUGGAACACUUGGACUGCUUUUAACAUUCCUAUAAGCUUUCCAUUGUUUAGAGAGUUCAGCUAUAUGUGAUAUAAAGCAUGAAGUUUCAAACUUCACGAUUAACGUCUAUAGUUGAAAGUGCUGAAACAUUAGCUAAAACUGCAUUAAUUUGUUGUGAUUUCAAAUCCUUCGUAACUGUAUCAAUCGUAAAAUAAAGUUAGACUUGAUUA